AUCGGGUAUAGACACCAGCGUUUUAUUAUUUCUCUCUUGGCUCAACAACCCUAGGGAACCUUCACGCCGGUUUAACAAAACAAAAGAGCUUCGCUACUCCUUCUCUCUCUGCGCCGCGCUAUCUCUGAAUCUAGCUAACCCUAAACCGAUUCAUUCAUCCCUCUCCGUACGUAAGAUAAUUUAUCAAUGGGGCGGAAGAAGCCGAGUGCUCGUGGUGGAGACGAUGAACCCACUGCUUCAUCUCUCGUUGUUGGUGGUGGUGCUAAAUCCAAGAAGAAAUCCGUUCAAAUCGACGACGAUGAGUACUCCAUAGGAACCGAGCUCUCUGAGGAUCCGCCUAAAGGUGAGGAAGACAAGGUUGUUAUCACUGGGAAGAAGAAGAGUAAGAAAGGUAAUAAGAAAGGUGCGCUUCAGGAUGAUGAGGAAGACGAUGUUGUCCCGGAGAUUGCUUUUGAAGGGAAGAAGAAGAAGUCCAAGUCUAAGAAAGGUGGUGGCUCUGUUAGCUUUGCUUUGCUAGAUGAUGAUGAAGUUGAUAAGGAUGAUGAAGAUGAUAAAGUGGAGGAUGAGCCUGUCAUAAGUAAUAAGGGUAAGAAAGGUGGUAAUUCGUUUGCGGCUUCAGCUUUUGAUGCACUUGGUGAUGAUGAUGAAGAUGACGAGGAAGCGGAAAAAGAUGAGGAAGAGGUGUCUCCCAUCACCUUCUCUGGUAAGAAGAAGUCUUCUAAAUCGUCCAAGAAGAGUGCUAAUUCAUUUGCGGCUGCUUUGCUUGAUGAUGAUGAUGAAGAGGAGACUAAUGCCGUUGAGGAGGAAGAGAGUCCUGAGAUCAUGUUUACUGGUAAGAAGAAGUCGUCUAAAAAGAAGGGCAGUAGUCUUUUGGCUUCAUUAGGUGAUGAUGACUCGAUGCUAGGAAAUGAAGUUGCUGAGGAAAUAAGUAAAGAUAAGAGUGCAGAGGUUGUAGAACCUGCGAAGAGUAAGAAAAAGAAGAAGAAUAAAAGUGGAAGGACAGUACAGGAAGAGGAUGAUUUGGACAAACUUCUUGCAGAACUUGGAGAAGGCCCAGCUUCUGGAAAACCUGCUUCAUCCCAGCCCGAAGAAGAUAAAGUUCAAGCUCAGGCUCAGCCAGUUGCACCUGUAGAGAAUGCUGGUGAGAAGGAAGAAGAAGAAGAGAGUGCUGCAGCGAAGAAAAGGAGAAAGAAGAAGGAGAAAGAGAAGGAAAAGAAAGCAGCAGCUGCAACCUCGUCUGUGGAGGCUAAGGAGGACAAACAAGAAGAAUCAGUAGCUGAGCCACUGCAGGGGAAGAAGAAGGAUGCAAAGGGUAAAGCAGCUGAGAAGAAACUUCCUAAACAUGUUAGAGAGAUGCAAGAGGCUCUUGCACGAAGGCAAGAAGCUGAAGAGAGAAAGAAGAAGGAAGAGGAAGAGAAAUUGAGAAAGGAGGAAGAGGAGCGUCUUAGGCAGGAAGAGCUUGAGAGGCAAGCUGAGGAGGCUAAGCGCAAGAAGAAGGAAAAGGAAAAGGAGAAACUUUUGAGGAAGAAGCUAGAGGGCAAGCUUCUAACAGCAAAGCAAAAGAGUGAAGCUCUCAAGAGGGAGGCUUUUAAGAACCAAUUGCUUGCUAAUGGUGGAGGUCUCCCACUUGCAGAUGAGGGUGAGCCUGCCACAAAGCGUCCCGUCUAUGCCAACAAGAAAAAGUCAGCUCGCCAAAAGGGCAAUGACUCUGCCUCUGUUCAGGUGGAAGAGGAGGUAGACCCAAAAGAGAAUCAUGCAGAUGAGCCAGAUACUUUAGGUGAAGUGGGUUCAGCAGAAACUGAAAAGGUUGAUUUAGUAGAGUCAGCAGACACUGAUGAGAAAUCAGGUACUGCUGAUGUAGCUGCAGAGAAUGGGGCUGAGGAAGAUGAGGAAGAAGAUGAAUGGGAUGCAAAAAGCUGGGGGGAUGAUGUUGAUCUUAAGUUCAAAGGUGAUUUCGAUGAUGAAGAGGACAAAGCUAAGCCUGUAGUGAAGAAAGAUAUGAAGGACGCUGUCUCAAAGACGCAAGAUUCAGGCCCUGAAACGGUAAAACCAACUGCUAAACCAGCAGGUACGGAAAACCCAACAGCACCUGCCACUAAAACUUUGCCUGGAGUGGACGAUGCUGCACGUGGAAAACGUGCUACCCGGGCAAAAGAUGCCUCUAAGAAAGGCAAAGGCUUAGCUUCCAGUGAACCCAAAGAGGGUGAAGAAAAUCUCCGCUCUCCCAUUUGCUGCAUCAUGGGCCAUGUCGAUACUGGUAAAACAAAGCUGUUGGAUUGCAUCAGAGGAACAAAUGUACAGGAAGGCGAGGCUGGAGGUAUAACUCAGCAGAUUGGCGCAACAUAUUUCCCUGCGGAAAACAUCCGAGAGAGAACCAGGGAACUGAAAGCCGAUGCAAAACUUAAGGUGCCAGGUCUAUUGGUUAUUGAUACACCUGGUCACGAGUCCUUCACGAAUCUGCGGUCAAGGGGUUCAAGUUUGUGCGACCUUGCAAUUUUGGUGGUUGACAUAAUGCAUGGGUUGGAGCCACAAACCAUAGAAUCUCUAAAUCUAUUGAGAAUGAGGGACACGGAGUUCAUUGUUGCUUUGAAUAAGAUGGAUAGGCUAUAUGGAUGGAAAACAUGCAAGAAUGCUCCUAUCGUAAAGGCAAUGAAGCAGCAAACUAAAGAUGUUGUAAAUGAAUUUAACAUGAGGCUCACUGGGAUUAUAACUCAGUUCAAGGAGCAAGGUCUCAACACUGAGCUUUACUACAAGAAUAAAGAAAUGGGAGAAACUUUCAGUAUUGUUCCUACCAGUGCUAUUACCGGGGAAGGAAUCCCAGAUCUCUUGCUGUUGUUGGUUAAUUGGGCUCAGAAAACAAUGGUUGAGAAGCUUACAUAUGUUGACGACGUGCAGUGUACUGUCCUGGAGGUCAAAGUUAUAGAAGGCCAUGGAACAACGAUUGAUGUUGUGUUGGUAAACGGUGUACUUCGUGAAGGUGAUCAAAUCGUCGUGUGUGGGUUACAGGGACCUAUAGUCACAACGAUUAGAGCGUUACUGACUCCUCAUCCAAUGAAGGAGCUACGGGUGAAGGGUACUUAUGUGCAUCAUAAAGAAAUAAAGGCAGCCCAGGGUAUUAAAAUUACAGCCCAGGGCCUUGAACACGCUAUUGCUGGCACUGCUCUGCAUGUGAUUGGACCUGAUGAUGACAUCGAAGCAAUUAAGGAGCAGGCAAUGGAAGACAUGGAGUCAGUUUUGAGCAGGAUUGACAAAAGCGGCGAAGGAGUUUAUGUACAAGCGUCUACACUAGGGUCACUUGAAGCGUUGCUUGAAUUCUUGAAGUCCCCAGCUGUGAAGAUACCUGUAAGUGGCAUCGGUAUAGGGCCUGUGCAUAAGAAGGAUAUCAUGAAGGCGGGAGUGAUGCUCGAGAGAAAGAAGGAAUACGCUACGAUUUUGGCUUUUGACGUGAAAGUGACAACAGACGCUCGUGAGCUCGCAGACGAAAUGGGAGUUAAGAUCUUCUGCGCUGAUAUCAUCUACCAUUUGUUCGAUCAGUUCAAGGCGUAUAUUGAGAGUAUCAAAGAGGAGAAGAAGAAGGAAUCAGCAGAUGAAGCAGUCUUCCCAUGUGUCCUUCGGAUUUUACCUAACUGUGUGUUCAAUAAGAGAGACCCAAUAGUCCUUGGAGUUGAUGUCGUCGAGGGUAUUCUUAAGAUUGGAACUCCCAUCUGCGUCCCGAGUAGAGAGUUUAUUGAUAUUGGGCGCAUCGCCUCUAUUGAGAACAACCACAAGCCUGUUGACUAUGCGAAGAAGGGCAGCCAGGUGGCUAUUAAGAUUAUUGCUUCGAACCCUGAAGAGCAGAAGAUGUUUGGGAGGCAUUUUGACAUGGAAGAUGAGCUUGUGAGUCACAUUUCGAGGAGAUCUAUCGACAUUCUCAAAACUAACUACAGGGAUGAGUUAUCCAUGGAAGAGUGGAAGCUAGUUGUAAAACUGAAGAACAUCUUCAAGAUACAGUAGAUUCACGAACACGACAUUCAAAUGUUUACUUUGGGAGUUUUGAAACACUCACACAGGCCUUGUGAUGCUGUGUCUGCGGCGAUGCAGAAUAAACAGAUUAUUAUCUUCCUGCAUCUGACCCAAGCAUUUACGAAGAUUUGAGAGAGGUUAAUGAGAGACGAAAGAGUUUUUUUUUUUUAAUGUUAUCUUUCUCCCUGAAAAGUGCUGAAUAAUUGGUUUAUGAACCACCUCGUGCUGGCACAAACUUGCAGGGAAAUAAGAUGUUGAGUUUUGAGAUAUACAACAAAUAUUGUUCUACCUUGUGGUAUGCCUUUUAAAAAUAAUCUGGAGUUGACAAAAA